UUGUCAUGCAACAAGAGGACAAGAAGUCUGUGCGGCUCUCCUGUCUGACAGGCCGCAUGGCAUCAGCAGCAGGCACAGUGAGGAGCGCCUCCAUCCUGUCAGACAGGGUGGCCCACGAGGGGAGCCGCGUGUGGAUGGGCAACAUCGAUCCCAAAAUCACAAAGUACCACCUGGUGAAGUUGUUGGAGAAGUUUGGCAAGGUGAAACAGUUUGACUUUGUGUUCCAUAAGUCAGGGCCUCUGGAGGGAGGCACAUCAGGGAGGUAUGCAAAACGCUCUUCAACUUGUCUGCAGGAGGCAGAAAAGGCAAUCCACUGUUUAAAUGGAGAGCUCUCCUUGUCCAAGAAGUUAGUGGUGCACUGGGCACACGCGCAGGUAAGGAAAUUUGAGGGUUUCCGUGGUGAUAAGACCACGCCUCCUAGCCUGGAGCCGUCAUGCAGUGGUGCAGCUGAGGAAGGCCCCGUCCCAAUCGGCCACCUUAGUAUGAGUGCUAAGAUCCGUGCCAUCGAAGCCAAGCUCCAGAUGAUGGAGGAGAACCCAGAUGACGAGCACUCUGGCCUGUCAGCCUACGUUUACAAGAAGCCGCCAGAGCGGAAGCGCCGGGAACCCUACACGAAAUCACACCACAAUAACCACAGCAGACCCUUCCGCAAGUUUAGGAGAUGACCCAUCCUCCCACUGUUUCUGGAGAUCCUCCAUUACCAUGCCUCCACCCCACCGACACACACACACCAUAAACACGCCAUGCAUGCUGCACUAACUCUACGCAUCAUAACUGCGAAACUAAAAUUUGAAGCUGUUCAAGAUAGUUUGAGAGCCAGAUGGACAGCACUGGGACUUUUUAGGGAUGAAUCAGUCAGUCCCACUGUGGAAAGCAAUCACAGACAGCUACAUGAAGAGGGUGUGGCUAUCAAAGCAUAUCACUCAGACUGUGUCCUCCUAUCUGACUGCUGUGCAUGUUGGAUUACUUGACCGUCUGCUUUCUAAGUGUAUUGUCGAAAGGUGAAGCACGCAGCAGUGUUUACAUGAUUCUGAGGAGCAUGUUGUCAGGGAGGAACAUUUGUAUUGUGUGGGAAUUUGGAUGUAUUUUUUUUUCUCUUGUAGACAUAUCCAGUGGCUGUCAAAUCAGGGGAAAUAGUAAGAACAGAGCGAUUUGCUUCUGGAGGGCCUUACUUUGCAGUGUUUGUCUUUUAAUCAGGACUUUCAUAAACUUAAAUCCUGCAGUGUUCACCACUGUUGUAAUUAUUACCCUGUAGAGGGAGAAAUACACAGAUCUAUAACAGGUGUGUGUUAAUGGACUUAAUAUUAUAAAAAGCCACAAGCCACUGACAGAAACUUGACGUGCUGUGUGUUGCCAUGUAUUUUCUUUAUGUGUAAAUUCUCGCUCUUCUUCUGUGGAUCCGAUUUUUUUUUCUUUUCCCUUUCUGUUGUCAUCCAAUUUUUAUACUACUGUUGCCAAACUUUUUCUUUUAUUUACUUUUGUGCUGUGUUGACUUUUGAUAUUUCCACUAC